UUAAUUUUCUUAGGCUAACGGAGGCGAGAUAGGAUAGAGAAGAAAAUGGAUACAACAAUGGAAGACGGCGAAAUGGCGGCGACGACGACGACGACUUCGGUGCCGGAGCUAGAACUCCACGCCAUGAUGAAGAAGUCACCGUUCGAUACACUUUACGAUAGCCGGAAGUCUGCCGAGGAAAUUGUAGCCAAGAUGCUCUCUAUCAAGAGAGAAUCCAAAUCAAAAUCCGAACUCCGUGAGCUCGCAACUCAAAUGUUUCUCAGUUUCGUUAAUAUGCGUCAGUCAAAUCGUGCCAUCUUGCUUGAAGAGGACCGUGUAAAGGCAGAAACAGAACGUGCUAAGGCACCAGUUGACUUCACUACCUUGCAGCUUCAUAACUUGAUGUAUGAGAAGAAUCAUUACAUGAAAGCAAUAAAGGCUUGCAAAGAUUUCAGAUCAAAGCAUCCUGAUAUUGAACUUGUAGCUGAGGAAGAGUUUUUCAGAGAUGCGCCUGCAGAUAUACAAAGUUCAUUAAUAUCCAAUGAAAGUGAUCACAAUUUGAUGUUGAAGAGGCUCAAUUUUGAGUUAUUUCAGCGCAAAGAGCUCUGCAAACUUCAAGAGAAACUUGAACAAGAAAAACACAGACUUUUUGAAACCAUUGCUAACAGGAAGAAGUUCGUAUCGAGUCUCCCUUCCCUUCUGAAGUCCCUAAAGAAAGUAUCAUUGCCAGUGCAGCAUCAACUAGGGAUGCCACACACAAAAAAGCUAAAACAACAUCAGUACGCAGAGUUGCUUCCACCUCCUCUUUAUAUUAUUUACUCGCAAAUGUUGGCCCAAAAGGAAGCAUUUGGAGAGAAAAUUGAUGUGGAGAUUACAGGAAGUUUGAAAGAUGCUCAAGCUUUCUCUCAGCAACAAGCAAAUAAAGAAAAUGGUGUUUUGACCAUUCUAGAUAAUUCCAAGGUGGAGGAUGAUGCACCUGAGGAUGAAGAUGAUGGACAAAGAAGGCGAAAGCGGCCAAAGAAAGUUCCUGCUAAAGAAAAUCUUGAUCAGUCGGAAAUUUAUCAAACUCAUCCGCUGAAAAUUACUCUUCAUGUAUAUGACGAUGUAGCUUCAGAUUCGAAACCUGCAAAACUUGUUUCGCUGAAAUUUGAUUACCUGUGGAAGUUGAAAGUUGUAUGUGUUGGGAUCGAGGGUUCCAAUGGAGGCCCAGAGAAUAACAUAUUAUGCAAUUUAUUUCCUGAUGACUCCGGCCUUGACAUACCUGUACAGUCAGCUAAGCUCUCUAUUGGCGGGGCUAUGGUAUUUGAUGAAAAGAGAACCUCACGUCCAUAUAAAUGGGUCCAGCAUUUGGCGGGCAUUGAUUUUUUGCCUGAGAUAUCUCCACAGCUUACAUGUUCUGAAACCAUAGACAAUGGAAAAGCUAAACAAGCUACAGUGGUAUCUGGUCUCUCGUUAUACCGCCAGCAGAAUCGGGUUCACACAGUGGUGCAACAAAUUCGUACUCGAAGAAAGGCUCAGAUAGCUCUUGCGGAACAACUUGAUUUACUAUUGAAACUUAAGUGGCCUAAUCUGGCAUGUAAAGAUGUUCCAUGGGCAUUGCAUGCACCUUUGUGCAGUAUAGUUGGCUGGUCUCCUGUUAGAUCUCCAGAUAGCCAUGAAAGAUCUCCGGCUAUUGCAGAUAUAGAACAAGCUCAGACCACUUCAGAAGUUAGUACAGAGAAAAGAUCUGGAAACGGAAAGGAAGAAAUGGAAAGUGUGAGGGAAGAUGGAGAGCUACCAUCUUUGAUCCCGGUUGUGUCAAGUGAAGUUGAAAUCACACCUUCAAAAAUUUCUGAGCUUGAGCACAUCAAGCAAAUGUCUUUGAUCUCAAAGAAUAUGGUUUCUCCCAUUAACAUGGCAAAAUCACAAAGUUUUAAGAAAAAUGAGGAUGAUAUAGAUCUCAUCAUGGAUUCUGAUAGCGAUAUCGAAGGGCCUGCACUUGUGAAUCAAGAGACAGAAAAGAUGCCCGCAGCAGUUGGAAAUUCAUGGGUACAGUAUGGCAUGCGUGAAUAUUGUCUUGUUUUGUCUAGGAUCACGGACAAGGACAAAACUAAUGUCAAGUUAGAAGCCAAGGUUUCAGUUAGUAUGGAGUAUCCCCUCAGGCCACCAUUGUUUGCACUGAGUUUCUCCACACCAUCCCUUGUAGAAAAGGAUCGUGAGUCCAAUGGUAUAGAAUGGUACAACGAGCUUCGCGCUAUGGAAGCCGAGGUAAAUGCUCAUAUAUUGAAAUCGAUACCGACAGAACAAGAGAACUUCAUCUUGUCCCAUCAACUGCGUUUUCUUGCAAUGCUAUUUGAUUUCUAUGUAGACGAAGAGUCCCAAAGUGCAUUGAAUAGAAAAAUGACCAAUGUGAUGGAUGUGGGUUUGUCCAAUCCUGUUAGUGGAGGGCUUCUUGCCAGAUCAUAUAGGGGGAGGGAUCGUCGCAAAAUGAUUUCUUGGAAAGACGAUAAAUGCACCUCUGGCUAUCCAUAUUAAUCAAAGGUACACAGACAUCUCGAAUUUGAAUCCAUAUUAUUAUUAUUAUUCCAUUCCAGCCAUUUUUUUGGAAGACAUUUUUUAAUAUGACCAUAUAAACUUCUCGCGGAUUGUGUAUGAUAUGUUUUUCUUGAGUUGAUGGUUCAAUAGUAUCAUAAUAUUCUGCUCUUUUGUUUGUUUAAGGUUCGUUUCUACUUAUUAUAGGAUGCCCCAAAGAUUGUACACAUUCAUGCCAUUUGGCUGCCACUUUGUGACGAUAAACCAUGUUAGGUCAAUUUUAUCUAGGAACAUA